CCCUUACCGGAGUCAACAAACUAGGUUGCGCGCCUAUUGCAAAAGGUGUCUCUCUCUCUCUCUCUCUCUCUCUUCCCCCCCCACCUCCUUUCCCUUUCCUAUUGCCGCCGCCAAUGUUGGCGCUGGUGCGGAGAAAGAGGUGGACGUGCUAGGCCGGAUUGCCCUGCCCAUUCCGACCGUUCCUCUGUCCCCUUCCUCCUGCCGGGGGCCUUGCGCUGAGCUGGGUCCCGGCGGGGAGGGGGCAUGGCUGCUUCGCCUGGGGCCCGGCAGGCCGCCUGGGGGGCAGGCACGGGCAAGUGGGGAAGGUGGACCCGGUUGUGAGUGGAGUCCUCCUCUUCCUGCCUGUGUGUGGGGGGGAUCCCUUCCCAUUUCAGCCUGGCCUCUGCUAUGUUGCGUUCUUGGCAUCUUCUCCGAUAGCUUUUGCAAAUGAAAAUGGAGGAAAUGACUUUGUCGGGCCUGGAUAACAGCAAGUUGGAGGCUGUGGCUCAUGAUAUUUACACAGACUUCAUUGAGGAUGCCUGCCUGGGCUUGUGUUUUGAGGUCCACCGGGCUGUCAAAUGUGGCUAUUUCUUUUUGGAUGACACAGACCCCGAUAGUAUGAAGGACUUUGAAAUUGUAGAUCAGCCGGGGCUGGAUAUCUUUGGCCAGGUCUACAACCAGUGGAAGAAUAAAGAAUGUGUUUGCCCAAACUGCAGCCGAAGCAUUGCAGCUUCCCGCUUCGCCCCACACUUGGAGAAAUGCCUUGGUAUGGGCCGGAACAGCAGCCGCAUCGCCAAUCGGAGGAUAGCAAGUAGUAACAACAUGAACAAAUCUGAAAGUGACCAAGAAGACAAUGAUGACAUAAAUGACAAUGACUGGUCAUAUGGAUCUGAAAAGAAAGCAAAGAAGAGAAAAUCAGAUAAGAAUCCCAACUCACCCCGAAGAUCCAAGUCCCUGAAACAUAAAAAUGGGGAACUGAGUGGUAACUCGGACCCGUUUAAGUAUAACAACUCUGCUGGAAUCAACUAUGAAACGCUUGGCCCUGAGGAGCUCCGUACUUUGCUCACUACACAAUGUGGGGUGAUAUCUGAACACACCAAGAAGAUGUGUACACGGUCUCUGCGCUGCCCCCAGCACACGGAUGAACAGCGGAGGUCAGUCAGGGUCUACCUCCUGGGACCCUCUGCCUCACUUCCUGAGACGGAAGGAAGCGUGGAGAAUGACAGUUUUGACGUGGCAGAAAGUCAAGCCCUCAUGAAUAGACUGCAGUGGGAUGGAUCUUCAGAUAUCUCUCCCUCUGACUCGGCCUCAUCGAAAGCAAGUACAAACAACUCAGAGUCCAGAAAAACCAAAAAGAAGAAACCGCACAUGAGCCUGGUAGGAGGUGCUCCUGGAAUGAGCUCCAGUAAGAAGAAACUGAAGCCUAAACCACUUGCACCUCCCACCCCCAGCCUUUAUGAUGACAUCAAUUGAAUAAUGCUGGGAUAAGAAAUACAGGGAAGAGGGGAUGUGCCCCAGUACCCCGUCAGACCCAGUUCAUGGGAAAGGAGCUGGACUGUGUCCUCUCAGGCACACUUUUUUAUUAACUGUGAAGAGAGCUGGCUGCAUGUCUCCCUUUUCUGCUAAGCCUCCGGCACACAUUGCACAGCCCUUUGUGUCCACUGGAUAUGUGAAUGAAAGAACCGGACUGCUUUUGCUGCAGUGGGCACCCACCUCUUUGGGGGUAAAGAGGGUUGGUGGUGGUUUGAGGCAGGGCCUUGAAGAUGGAUGACUCCAUCAGUCAGGGAGUAACUGUUCUCCCCCCGUUUCAACACUUCUAUUUAUUGUGAUGUUAGUGGAUGUUCAAUCAUGACUAUAUAUACGGUGGCAUUGUAUCGCUUAGCAAUGCUAGACACUGGCUGGGCAGGGUAGUGCGUGUCUUCCUGAAGCCUUUCAGUCCGGUUUGGAAGAGAAUGAACAGAUCUCUAAGGGAAUGGAGAAUGUUGCCCUUCAGUGCCUGCCCUUCCUUCUCAAGAGCGUCUCCUCCAGUGGCUGCCUUUUUGUUGUGAGAAGUGGUACAAGAUUGUGAAUCUGCCUCUUCCUCUCUGAGCUUUUGCAGUGCUCAGUUGUUGAAAAGGCUGAUUUCGUGGCUGCUGGACCAUUCUUUCCCCUAGCAGGAAUAAUGUUCUUAUGGUGAGGGCACUCCUCAGAUAUCUGCACAACCUGAGUAACCUGGGAUGGGGGCAGGUUCAAUCUUGCGUUGCUACUGUUUCUUCUAGAACUUCGUAUAAAGCAACAUGAAGAAUGGCUUUGAUAAUGUGGGCAGUUUCUCCCAAUAUGCAUGUUGGGAAGUUGGUGCAGCUAUUUGCUUCCUAACUCAUGUAUUGGGCUCAAAUCUACACUUUGCCCAAUACUGGCGAGCCAAUAUCUUAAGAUCUGCAUUGCUUUAUACAUAUUUUGUAUGCAAGUAUAAAUCUUCAUACAUCCCUGAAAACUCACUGUAAAUCUGAAUAUUUGGGUGGUGUUUUUUUUAAUAGCUCUGCUGUUUUAACAUGCCACAGAAGUUAAUGAAGGCCGAGCAGGAGGAUUGUGUUGUUUUCCCUACUGUGGCAUGUUUGAGUCAGUCAACUGAAUUUAAGCAAAACCUUGCUGGAGUGUUAGAGCCAAUGUAAGUUUAGGCGAGUGAGGUAGUAGAUGAGAUGGGAGGGAGAAUGUGUACUCUAAGCAAGUAAAUCUGCUACUUUCUCCCCCUCCUCUAAACCUCCCCUCCACCUCAUUCUUGGCCUAAACUCUGUUCCUUCUGCAAACAGGUGCCAUUUUUAAACACCAUGAAUCAUGGUGCUCGUACUUUGUGUAGAUGGAGGCUUGAAAUUGCAAAGCUGCUUCUAGAGGUGGAGUGUUGCUGGUUUUCAGUGUGCCUCUGUGCUUUUCUGUUGGAUACUCUCCUGAAUCAUAACAAGAUUUAGAAGAGAAAAGGGCAUGUGCUGUCCAAUAAGCUGUACAGAAGCUACCCAACUGCUUCUGAACAUGCUUAAAGGGAACUUCUUUUGUAUUCUUCAUUCCCAUAUAUUCCAGAGAAUGCAAUCUACGUGUGGAAAAAAGGUUUUCCUCCUACAGAUCUGUGUGCAAAUCUGCUUCAGAUGAAGCAGCAAGCCAAUUUUAGUAGAAAUGGGGUAAUGGAUGUGGUUAGCUUAUGCUAAGAAUCCAAGGACACAGGGAUGUCUGCUGCUCAUGCCGGUUCUCUGGAUUAAAGCAGAUAGCUCUUCUUAACGGAGGUCUUGUUUUUGCUUUUGAAUCUCUUUUCCCCUCCGCUUUUCUCUUAGCAGCUGAAAAAGUCUAUUGGGUACAGACAAAGGCUCACCUUUGCCACUUCUAAAAUUCAUGGCCUCAGUUCUGUAAUAAGAAGCUUUCUGGGCAAUCUCUUUCUACAGUCCUGAAAUGGAACGCUCACUACAUGCUUAGACUUUGUAUGGCGAGUCUUCAAGGGCCUGCUGAGUUCAUGCCUCCUCCUUAGUAUUACACAUCUUUCCCUGCCGUUUGUGAGGGCCAAUGUCCUGGCUGCCAUGCUUUCUUAUAUUACAGCAAUCAUGCUGGAUGUGCUGCACCUGCAGCCACUGAAGGGGUGUGCAACCGAUGCCCAAAGUAUAGCAGGUCUGGAAGCUGAGGUAGCCUACCCAGCAAGUUAACACUGUUCAUCUUUUUCUCCUCCAUGUUGCUUCCCUAGACAAAAGGUACCUGGUGUGCAGGGGAUGUUCAGAGGCUGAGUUCUUCCUGAUGGCUUUUGCCAGGCAGGGGGCAGAAAGCCCUGGCUUGAAGGGAUAUGUCCUGUACCACACUCAUAUGAAACAAACGGUAUUUGCAAAAAAAGGCCCUCCAUUUGUUCUAUCACAACCUGCAAAAUACCAAUCCUGCAUUGUCCAGAAACCAAGACUUCAUGUUGUUCUUUAGCAAAGGAUUUUGAAAACAUGACUUACCUGAGAGUGCCAUGUUAAGCAUUGAUCAGACACAACUCUGCCUUGCACCUGCUUCUAACUGAACUGUUGGACUGAAUCGUAUAUUUCCCAGAGGAAAAGGUAGGGAAGAGGUAGACUUUGAUUCAAACCAGGAUGGGUUAACCUUUUCUCUGCCUGACAACCGGUUGCUAUCUAGUUUAAAUUAUGUACCCAUAAAACUGAAGCAGUACAGAAGUGGCCAGGGGAAAGAGACUGUUGCAACUGAUGCCUUUGGGAUCAUGUUGCAGAUUAACUGUGGAAGAAUAGCAUCUGGGGAAUUUUGAAGAUUAAUUUUUGGGGGGGGGGGAGGAGACUAUGUCUUUUUAUAUAUGGCUCUGUAUCUGCACUUGCACCCUUUAUUUUUAAGAUAGGCCUGUUUCACUUGAAGAAAAAACCCUGUAUUCUAUCAUGAGUGGACUGUUGAGAGGUUUUUAAUUUGUUGAUGACAUACAAACUGCACCUAUGUGAUAUCUUCAAACAUGUGCAGAAAUCAUUGGAGUAAGUACUGUACUGUGGUCUCUGAAUUCUUUUUUUUAACUUGUUUUGUAUAUGUAAUCUCAGCCUGUACAGGUAGAUUUUUUUAAAAAAAACCCUGUCAAAUCUGUAACUUUUUUUUUGCCCAUCCAUGGAUUGUGGAAUGCCUGUGUAAAUAAACUGCAAGUCUGCUUGGUA